CCCCUGGCAGGUGGCGUUGCCGGCGCUGUCGCCCACCAUGCAGAUGGGCACCAUCGCGCGCUGGGAGAAGAAGGAGGGCGACAAGAUCCGCGAGGGCGAGCUCAUCGCCGAGGUGGAGACGGACAAAGCCACGGUGGGGUUCGAGAUCCUGGACGAGUGUUACCUGGCCAAGAUCCUGGUGGCGGAGGGGGCCAGAGACGUCCCCAUCGGCACCGUGAUAUGCAUCACCGUUGAGAAGCCUGAGUUUGUCGAUGCCUUUAAAAGUUAUGCCUUGGAUGCUGCCCCGGCCUCCGCCCCUUCGGCUGCCUCGCCGCCACCGCCAGCUCAGCCUUCGGCUCAGGCCCCAGGAAGCUCCUACCCUCCUCACAUGCAAAUCGUCCUUCCUGCUCUGUCGCCUACAAUGACGAUGGGCACAGUUCAGAGAUGGGAGAAGAAGGUUGGUGAGAAGCUGAGCGAAGGAGACUUACUGGCAGAAAUUGAGACAGAUAAAGCCACGAUAGGCUUUGAGGUGCAGGAAGAAGGGUAUCUGGCAAAAAUUCUGGUGGCUGAAGGAACAAGGGAUGUGCCAUUAGGAACCCCACUCUGCAUCAUUGUGGAGAAGGAGUCUGAUAUCCCAGCAUUUGCUGACUAUAGGGAGACUGGAAUAGUUGACAUCAAGCCACAAGCACCAAUACAGCCUCCUCCCUCACCAAUGGCAGCAGCUCCUGCUCUGGCCCAGCCUGUUGCUCCUUCGUCUCCAGCAGCAUCUGCACCUGUGGCUGCUGCGCGUGGAGGACGAGUGAUAGCUAGCCCCCUGGCAAAGAAACUGGCAGAAGAAAGAGGAAUUGACCUUGCGCAGGUGAAAGGUACUGGACCAGAUGGUAGAAUCACAAAGAAAGAUGUUGAGUCAUUCGUGCCUCCAAAGGUUGCUCCUGCCCCGGAAGCAGUAGCAGCUCCCGCAGCUGCUGCAGUUCCGACUGUGGCAGCACCUCCCACAGGGGUCUUCACGGAUAUCCCUCUCAGCAAUGUCCGGAGGGUCAUUGCUCAGCGUCUCAUGCAGUCCAAACAAACAAUACCUCACUACUAUCUCUCCAUUGAUGUAAACAUGGGAGAAAUAUUGGUGCUCAGAAAAGAACUCAAUCAGGAGGUUGUGAAGGAUGUUAAGCUUUCUGUCAAUGACUUCAUCAUUAAAGCUUCAGCUCUGGCAUGUUUGAAGGUGCCUGAAGCAAAUUCCUCGUGGAUGGACACAGUUAUUAGGCAAAAUCAUGUAGUGGAUGUUAGCAUUGCAGUGAGUACUCCUGCUGGGCUCAUAACCCCCAUUGUGUUCAAUGCGCACAUAAAGGGACUGGCUUCUAUUAAUAAAGAUGUUGUUUCUUUGGCAACUAAAGCACGAGAAGGUAAACUUCAGCCACACGAAUUUCAGGGAGGCACUUUCACAGUUUCCAAUUUAGGAAUGUAUGGGAUUAAGAAUUUCUCUGCCAUAAUCAAUCCACCGCAAGCUUGUAUUCUGGCAGUUGGUACAUCUGAGAAAAGGCUGGUGCCAGCAGAUAAUGAGAAAGGAUUUGACGUGGCCAGCAUGAUGUCGGUAACGCUUAGUUGUGAUCACCGAGUUGUGGACGGAGCAGUCGGAGCCCAGUGGCUUGCUGAGUUCAAGAAGUUCCUUGAAAAGCCAACAACCAUGCUGCUAUAAUCUGACCAUGCAACCAAGACUUUCCUAGGCCACAUUCAUUUCUAAAUGAGCUAUUUAUAUUUCAGUGUUUAGACUCCUCUUAAACAAAUGUUCCUUUUUUAUUUUAAAUAUAUAUAUAUAUUCACUGGUAAUUUUUAUUACCAGUCUGUACAGAUAAAUAGUUUGCAAAAAGGCUUUACAAAGCAAUGGAGCAAUGCUGUAUUUUAUACAGUCAAUGAUCUUGCAAACUUCUUUCCAAAAAGGUCAAGUGUCCUGGAUUUAAAAUUAUGUGAGCAGGGUAUGCUUUGUCAUAAUUUUGUCCUAAUUGAGGGGGAAAGUGGUGGGAACAUGCCCAGUUAAUUGGUGAUCUCUUGUGUUCUCAAAAGUAGGAGACCUAGAUCUGUUCACGGGAGUCCCUAGAAGCUGAAAUCUACAGCCUAUUACAAAAAUGUGUUCCACUGGUGAUCUGUUCUCCUGCUAAUAUUAGUGAGAGCAGCAGGUGCGCUGCGGGAGGAAUAGACCUCUUGGAAUAACUUCUCACAGGGUGAAGUGUUUUGCAUUUCAAAGGCUCUUGGGAGUUCAGCACUGGUUCAGAUUUUACCAGCUACAUGGACCCUUUUAGAGCACUUUAAGGCAAACAGAAACUGUAGAGUCAGCUCUUUUAAGUGCUACGGAGAAUGUGCCCCCUUCUUUGGAUUUUAACUCGUAUGCAUUUUUAUAUGAACUCCAUUGUCUUAAAUGGCUUUCCCAUUGCUUAGUUCCCAAUAUAUUCUGUUGCAGUGGAAAUGCUUGUUUUGCCUAAGGGUCAGGAGAAUGUGUGUUGAAAUGUGUAUUGACAUAUGCAAUUGGGCCAUCAGGAAUCAUUUACAUGACAGCUUGGAGGUCUGAAAAGUGAUUUUCGGGUGUCCUUGAUGUGGGAGGCUUUAAGACUAGUAGAAGAGUCAGGUAGUGCUGUUGUGACAUGGAAUGUCUCUUGUCCCAGCGUCAGGAAACUGCAGAAUGUGCUGUCUGUGUAUAUAUUGUAUGUAAACGGCUUUAAAUGGUUCUCCAUUGGGCUUGUGUUCAAAUACACUAAUCACUGGGUCCUGCAAAGGGGGGCAGGGUGCAUAGGUGAACACUCCUAAAUUCCACUUUCCAAAUAGAAAUGUUAAUGUAAAGAGAAGGAUUGUAGAGUUGAUCAGCAACAUGACCAGUAGGAAAAUUUGAAGAAGAGAGGGAAGCUGACCUGAUCCCUUCCACACUGCAUUAAGUUCUGUCUCCUCCAGCGUUGUGCUACAGAAUCCACAAAACAUAAUGCUGAAAGAAUAUUUUGUGGAAAUUAAAUAUUUUUGUGACCACUAUUUAAUGUUCUACUCAGUUAAUUGCAGUGAUGCCUAAUUUUAUUGGUUGGGUUUAAAAAAAAACAAAAACAAACCCAUGUGAUUGCAAUUAAGUUUAAUAAUGAUUUAAUUAUCCCUGUUCCAGACUCUAGUGAACCUGUGUGUUCCAUUAAAUGUUUGGAAUUGGCAGACUACUAA